AGUGAUGUUUUAAGAGUCUAAAUAUGUUUUAAAAAUUAAACCAGUGAAGCUUUUGGUCGAGCAGGUAGAGUGCAGGGCUAAAACAUACAAUCAUGCAAAGCGGGAAAAAGGCUCCCAAGAAGCUUGUUGAUGCCUCAAAGCCACCCAAUUCUGUUCCUCAAGAACAAGAAUGCUAUCAAGGCGAACGUCUCGCUCGUUUACUGAAAUUGAUUCAAAGGGAGAUAGAAUCUGCAAGAAUCUUGGAUGGAGAAACUUUACCGGAAAAAAUAUGGUUCAAGCAACAAUUUUCAAUUGGGGUGAAUGAAGUGAGUAGAGUGCUGGAGCGGAUGGUGCCGAGGGCUAGUGCCGAGAUGGGAAUUUCUCUCCACCAGACUAAUGUAUUUUCCAGUAAACGGCAAGCGCCAUCUGUUGAGCUUCAGGUAAUAUUAAUAGCCGCUGAUUGCAACCCUCGAGGGCUAACGAAGCAUCUGCCAACCUUAGCCUUAUCUAGGAAGGUCCCAGUGAUCUUUGUCAAAGAUAAUAAGAGUGGGUCUCUAAGAUUAGGGGAGCUUGUCAGGCUGAAAACAGCAAUGGCUAUUGGGAUAAAGGUGAAAGGAAAUGCCAUAAAUCAAAUUGUCAAGAAAAUUCUCGAGGGUGGUGAAAUAGAUCUUGAAAGCCCGAGCCUGAAGUUGUUUGAGAUGGCUGAUGCAUCCUGUCAAUAAUCUGAAGAUUAUAUGCAGCCAAGUAGAACAGGAAAAAUUGACUGGAUAAAACAAGGAAUGAUCUACACGGCAAAGUUAGACAAACUUAUGAACUAUGGGAGCUUUUUGUACCAUAAGAUGUGUCAGAGGAAGGAGCAGUCUAUUGUCUACAUCAUUGUAGGAGUCGGAAACGUAGGAAUGGUUUGCUCCAAAUAUGGGAAUGUUUUUCGGCUACUAUCAUGAUCACUAGAAAUGCCAUGGAAGUGUUUAGCCAUAGCAAUUUCCUAAAAUACAAAGUUUGCACUUGAAAUUUUAUUUACAACUGAGAAGUCAAUUAUGUUUUAGUUAUUUUCAAUGCGAUCUUGCUCCUACGCCCAUGAAAA